CCAAUGCUGUGGAUAACUGGGCUAAGUCCAGCAGCGUGUAUAGCUGACCCCGUCAGCUGCAGGCUGUGGGCUAGUCCUGUAAUGCCUUGCCUUUCUAUGAAUGGAGAUUUCAUAAUUGGAGGGAUCUUUUCUUUUCAUUACUACAUGAUAUCAGAGCAGAACACCUACGACAAACAACCAAGUCUGCCGCAAUGCUCUGGGAGUAUGAGUUUCCGGGAGCUGCGCAUCGCCCGUGCCAUGGAGUUCGCCAUCCACGAGAUCAACAACAGAACAGAUCUCCUGCCGGGAAUCACGUUAGGAUACCAGAUACACGACUCGUGCGGUGCAGUGUCGAUGGCAGUGAAAGUUGCAUUUCAGUUUGCAAACGGCAUGGAACCAUUUUUCAGUGAUACUGAUUCCUGUUCAAAAUCUGCAGCUGCUGCUGUUCCUGCUCUCGUGGGAGAGUCUACUUCCACUCUUUCUAUCAGCAUGACUAGGAUCCUGGGUCUCUUUGGAAUUCCACAGGUGAGUCAUUUUGCAACCUGCGCAUGUCUGAGCGAUAAGCGUCAGUAUCCUGCCUUCCUCAGGACCGUGCCUAGUGACCAUUACCAAGCGGCCGCACUAGCAAAAAUCGUCAAGCACUUUGGCUGGACAUGGAUUGGGGCAGUGCGCAGCGACUCAGACUAUGGAAAUUAUGGAAUGGCGUCGUUUCUAAAGGCUGCGCAGGAGGAGGGAAUCUGUGUGGAGUACUCCGAGUCCUACUACAGAACACAACCGCUCAGUAAACUGGAGAGAGUGGCGAACGUCAUCCGGAGAUCAACAGCCCGGGUAAUAGUAGCGUUUGUUCAAUCAGGAGAUAUGAGGUUAUUGUUGCAAGAACUGGCUAAACAGCCGCCGCCUCCACUUCAGUGGAUCGGCAGCGAGGCGUGGAUUAUACAAUCAGAGUUUCUGACCUAUAACAUGUGCGCUGGGGCGAUAGGAUUUGGGAUCCCCCGCUCGGUGAUUCCAGGUUUUCGUGAGUUUCUUCUGGAUCUCUCUCCAGCACAAGCAUUGACAUCUCCUCUGCUAACGGAGUUUUGGGAGAGUUCGUUCAGCUGUAGCCUAAAAAGCUCAUCAGAGGGCGCCCGGGAAUGUGAUGGCAGUGAGGAUAUCCACGCGCUGCAGAACCCGUAUACAGACACGUCGCAGUUGCGCGAGUCUAACCUGGUGUAUAAAGCUACGUAUGCCAUAGCGCAUGCCAUCCACGGUGUUAUCUGUAAUGACACGCAGUGCGACAAGAGCGCUAAAUUCACACCAUGGCAGAUACUCUUCCAGCUGAAGAGAGUGAACUUCACUACAAAGAAUGGUUUUCAGGUCUCGUUUGAUUCUAAUGGUGAUCCUGUGGCUGUCUACGAGCUCAUAAACUGGCAGAUUAAUAAGGACGGCAAUAUGGGUUUUGUCACGGUGGGCCACUAUGACUCAUCCAGACCAAGAGGCCAGGAGUUCAGUAUGAGCAGAGCUAUUAGCUGGGUGGGAGGACAGACCGAGGUGCCAAGAUCUGUGUGCAGUGAGAGCUGUCCUCCAGGGACCAGGAAGGCUGUACAAAAAGGAAAGCCAGUCUGCUGCUAUGAUUGUAUACCAUGUGCAGAAGGAGAGAUCAGUAAUAAGACAGACUCUUUGAACUGUGUGCGCUGCCCUUCUGAGUUCUGGCCCAACACCCAGCGAGACAGCUGCCUCCCCAAGCCUGUGGAGUUCCUGUCCUGGGACGACACUCUGAGCAUCAUCUUGACAGUGUUCUCCAUCGUUGGGGCCACCGUGGCUGCAUUUGUAGCUGCUGUCUUUUACAAACACAGAACCUCUCCAAUAGUUCGAGCCAACAACUCAGAGCUGAGCUUCCUGCUGCUCUUCUCACUGACUCUGUGUUUCCUCUGCUCACUUACUUUCAUUGGCCAGCCCUCUGAGUGGUCCUGUAUGCUGCGUCACACAACGUUUGGGAUCACCUUCGUCCUCUGCAUCUCCUGUGUUCUGGGGAAAACAAUAGUGGUGUUAAUGGCCUUCAGAGCUACACUUCCAGGAAGUAAUGCCAUGAAAUGGUUUGGGCCUCCACAGCAGAGACUCAGUGUUCUCACCUUCACUCUCAUACAGGUCCUAAUUUGUGUUCUUUGGUUGACAAUAUCUCCUCCUCUCCCCUUCAAAAAUCUAAAUCAAUAUAAAGAAAGGAUAAUCCUGGAAUGUGGAUUAGGUUCAGUUAUAGGAUUCUGGGCUGUGCUGGGUUAUAUAGGUUUUCUGGCUCUUUUGUGUUUUAUUUUGGCUUUUCUGGCUCGGAAGCUGCCUGAUAACUUUAAUGAAGCCAAGUUCAUCACAUUCAGCAUGCUCAUAUUCUGUGCAGUGUGGGUUACUUUUAUCCCAGCUUAUGUCAGCUCUCCUGGAAAGUUCACUGUAGCUGUAGAAAUAUUUGCUAUUCUGGCCUCAAGCUUUGGCUUGAUUAUUUGCAUUUUUGCUCCCAAGUGUUUCAUAAUCAUGUUUAGGCCAGAACAGAAUACCAAGAAACACCUUAUGGGUAAAGUGCCCUCCAAGGCACUUUGAGGCUCUUGCUCAUAUUUAACAUGUCUAUGAUGUGACCUCUUUCUUAUUAUGUCUUGAUUUAUGUUUGCUCAUACAUCUUUUUAGUAGAACUGUAUUUUAUGUUGUAAUGUAUAAAUAUGUAGAUGUAAGAUAUUCACACGCUCCACAAUAAUGAUAAUAAUGACGUAUAAUGUCCAAUCAAAUGGAAUUUUCCUGCCUUUCAGCAGUUUUAGACAAAACUUUUAUAUGAAUAUGGAAUAUGUAUGUUUUUUUUUUCCAUAUGGAAUUCUAAACAGUAAUUGAAUGCUUCUAUCUAAGUAAGGCUUGGUGUGUGGGAUGCCCCCCUGUCUCUCCCCAUCACUCAGCGUUAAGCUAUUCUAUUCAGUCUACUCAAUCUACUCAAUGAUGUUGUGUCAUUAGCUGUUAAAAAACAUGCAGCUUUAAAGGUCUCAGAUAAUGGGAAAAAAUAGGUAGACCAGUUUUGUGCUUUUUAAACAUCUUAUUCUAAUACUUUACUUCUUAUUAUGGAAUUGAACAUUUUUCCUCCACCCAUUUAGAAUGACCAGGAUAAGGAUAUAGAAGUCUCCUGGAGGAUGUGAUUUCAAACUGUGUAAUGUAACUUUACUAGCAGUUUGUGCUCUCUUCUGAUUGUGUUGAAUUGUACAAGAACAAUGUGUUAAAAGCAGUUAGAAAAGUCUUAACUUCUUGUGUGAGUGUUAAAGCAUGUUUAAAUGCUUAAAUUCAGAUAACACCUAUUUUGACCCCUCUUAUGAAAUGCAGUUUAGGAAACUGUAAUGUUGCACAAGCACAAGGAGAAGCUUGCAGAUCUUAAAAACAAAAGUCUGUUUAAUGAGAGAUUUCUCAGAUAGAAAGACAGUCUCCAAAAUCAGAAUCCAAAUACCAGGCAAGAAUCAAAAACCAGAGAAGAUCCAAAAAACAGGCAUUGGUUCAAAACACAAGUUGAGACAAUUAGAAGAAUAACUCAGUAGUCCAGUGAAGGGAAGUACCUUGCAAUGAAAAGCCCAAACCAACAACUAUUUAAGCUCUGAGACCAAACAGGCACAGGUGAAUCGCAUUAGAAUUCAGGGGGCAGAGAAUGAAGCCGAUGUGUGUGAUUGGAGGAGAAGGUGACAUCAUUGGGAUUGGGCUCAUGGGAAAUGGAGUCCUGGAGCAUGCUAGGCAAGGAAGGAGAACCCGGAAGCUGACAGUACCCCGCCCCCCAGAGAGUCCGAGACAGCUUGGGCACGAGAACUGCCACGAUGACCACCCCCCCCGAACGGGAACCCCAGCAGGGGAAAACCACCCGAGCUGCCGCGACUCUGGACAGAUCCACUGGAACGCCUGCUACCUAGGGAAUCACCAGGAGGCCAGGAUUUGGGACAGCCUCGCCAGCGACCAUGGGGGUCUUGACCACUGAAGAAUAGGGUAAAAGGGGACUAACAAAUGCAGAGUCUGUAAUUGUACAACUACAAAGUACAGCUAUACAGUAAGUGGAGCUGAUAAAAUGGACAAUGAGAGUAGAAACUGUUAGGUGCUCAUAAUGCUAUGUCUGACUGGCGUAUGAACAGACAUAACAUUCAAGGUCUUUAUUAAACUUCAGCAAAACUUUAGCCUCAAAAUCCUCAUCAUUGACUCUGUUUGAAGUGAGAAUCAGGCCUGAAUAAUCUCUCCAUGGCUGCAGAGCUCCUAUAUGGCUCCACAGCAGAAUCAAAUAUAAUAACAAAUUUGGUCCUUGGGGUCAAUCUGACCCCAGGGAUAUUUACCUCCAGAAAAUGAUUUACAGAAUAUUGUUGACCACGUUUGUGUG